AUGUCGGGGUCGCAGCGGAUGCGAAAGUCCUCGCCAUGCUCCACGUCAAAACAGGGUCCGAUGCGGGCCACCUUGCCCGUGAGCUCGCUCCUGCGACAGAGCAGGCAAGGCAGCAAUCUCAGGAAGAGCAACAGCAACAGUCCCACCGUAUCGCCGACGAACGCGAACGCGUGGCGGGCCCGCAUUUCCCCGGAGACUUCGGCCUCCUCGGGCCAGCGGAGUCCCGGCUCUCUCUCCUACAAAGCCAAAUCAAAAACACUGAGCGGCCGCUGUAGCGAGAGCUUGAGUGGAAGUCAAAAUAUUCGCCGAACGGCAUCACUGGACACAAUAUACUUGAAGGGACAAUGGCCACGUGAUUCUUACUACAUUCAUGCCAGUUUACUCCUAGUGGAUAAAUCAACUCAGACUGAAGAGUGGUCCAAUGAACCGCGGAAGAUGCAUACCCGCCAUCCACCAGAACAAACGCCUACCGACGAGAAGCUGGAGAAAUACAUAAGGCAUCGAUUACAACGCACCAACAAAGAAGGCACCAGUAGUAGAGAAAGGACUGCUGUAUUUGGACUUAUAAUGCAGAGUGGAGCUCCUCCUGCUCUACCUGGUGAUCACACAGUACUCUUACCCAGUAUCGCUUCACAAACCCCAAUGCACGGCCAAUUCAGUUUGAGUACAAAAGCGAGUCCUAUGAACAUACCGGUGAAACCCAUGAGGCCCCCUAUGCGUUCCUCCAUCGAAUCACUCAAUCAGGAAAUAGAGCGACUCGUGCUGAAGUCAGCAACCAAUACCAGCGACUCGGAUCAUCCUGUCGAGGACAAGUACGCAAGAUAUCGCGAGCAGACGACGCCCGAUGGACACCGAGCACCUCUGGCUGAUCUCCUGAGGGCCACCCGAAGUGUCAAUACCCAAACUCCAGCCACUGACCUUCCAUCCAGUUCGUAUUCUUCAGGCCCCCCGUCUAGGAAUUCUGAGUCUCCGCUGAUCCCUGGUCUUAUGGAUGCCUCUCGUCCACCUAGCGAUCUCCCACAAGGCGGAAGCCGUGGCUCUACGCCGGAACAGGAAAGGGAAGGACGUCUGGGCACAUCUCCUCACAUCAAUAGGUUCCUAGCCAGGGAACCGCCCGAUGGCUGUGAGAAAGUCAAUCUCAAGUUUGUCGAGGAUGGCAGGCGACCCAUGGUAGACUUGAGCAAACUAGACUAUUGCCCAAAGCCGUGCGUAGGAUUCCAGUUAAAGCCAAGCUUGGGAUCAGCGUUCCUGCCAUUGCAACAGCCGGCCAGUCCGACAAUGGUUGCCAGUGCAUCACCCUCUUCGCACACGACACCACCUACACCACCUCCAAACCCAUAGUCCUCCUGCAUCCUUCAAUCGACGGCGUGAGACGCGUAAAGGGAAAAGAAAAGAAAAAAAAAACAUAAAAGAUACAAAAAAAAAUAUUACUACGAACGAAAGAAAGGAAUGAUAACCGCGUCUCCCUUUUACGAAUCGUUUAUGUUCCACUCUAUCUUUCUUGACUCAGUUUUCUUUUUCUACUUUCUUUACCUUUUCUUUUUUCUUCGUUCCUGUGUCUCUCUCCGCUGUAUGCCACGUAUUACGUACCACACGGGACACACGAUCGCACGCGUAAAUGUUAUCUUUAUUAUUUUUAUUCUUUUGUGUGUGUGUGUGUGUGUGUGUGUGUGUGUGUGUGUGUGUGUGUGUAAAUGUCUACUUUUUCGUCCGAAGCAAACCUCAUGGCUGGAAAGUGGAUUAACUGUGACUUGGAAUACAAUGGUAUAUAUGUAUGUAUGUAUACAUAUAGGUACGCCGAAAAAAAUGUAAAGUUACCGAAUUGAUAACAGCAGCAGCUCCCAAUGCAAAUCGUUGCGCUUUCGUCAAGGCGAGGAUACGUUUAAUUAAUGGAGGAACAAGAGGUGACGAAGAGGAUGAUAACAAAAUGAAAAUGGAGGGAACACAAGAUUACCGUGAUAAGGAUGUGGAUGAAAUUGAUUAUGAUACCGAGGACUGUGGCGUUUCGGUCGGCGAUUUUAACGAGGAUCGUACGGACCGAUAAAUGAAGACGGUUACGAGGACGAAGGAGAAAGAAGAGGAUUUGAUAAUCGCAUCGAUAAAAAGUAUUUGAAAGAGGGAACCUGAGCUCCGUUAAUAUUUGAAACAAUAAAUAAUGAAUACGAGGAACAAUAAUUUGUGAUAACUGAAAACAACGUUUAGGAAUAAACAUUGUGUUCUACAGGGAAAAAGACUAAUGAAAUUGUGUAUUCUAAAUUUAGUGCUAAAUCGUGCUAAAACAACUUUAGUUUUGUAUACAGGGAUAAAUAUUCAAAAUGAUGAAAAGUAUUAAAUUUGAAUGUCGGCGGACGACGACGACGAUAAUGACGGUUACAAAGUGUAAAGCAAAAGAGAAAAAAAAGAAAUUAAACGAGGGCGAAAUUAUACGGAUCCGUACGUGGUUUACCUAAUUACUAGGUAUAUAACAUAAGGUACCCGUCUAUAAUGUUUUCAAUUAAGCUUUUACCAUUUUCAAUAAUCCAACCUCAUAGCGUUAACGACCACUUGUUAGAAGGGGGGGGGGGGGGAUGGCUCGAACGUUGCGUAGCCCUAUGGCCUUUUGUAGUACACUUGACAGGCGAAGAGUGAAAAGUACAUGCGACACGCCCGAGAUACAUUCUCUAACGGAUAACUAUUAUUAUUAAGUUUUAGACGGAGAAUCGAAAUGGCGUCGCGAUCGGACACGAAUAAUCAAUGAGAGAGUAUACUGUUAAUUUAUUCUCAGCGAUUCACCAUUGAUGACUUUGUUUUUUUUUUUUUUUUUCGUACUUUUUUUUCUAUCUGCGUCUCCGUCGCCACCCACCUGCAACGUAUAACGCAAGGCGAUUCGUAGAUAGCUAUUAUACAAAAAUAAUGUAACAUGACAGUCCGAUUGCGCAGCUUUGAGAAUACGGGGCCAAUGAAAAUUUCCUUCUGAUUUAUCAUCGUGCGUUGUUUUAUUUAUUUUUUACUUAUUUUUUUUUAUUUAUUGGCAAAUUGUAAACGAGCGUCGUCGAGGAAUCGUUAAACGGGAGUCGUCGUAGUGCUUGGAAGAAAGAGAAGAAAAAAUAGAGAGAGAGGGCAAAUGUGCGCUGAAAGAAAAAAAAACCAAUUAAAAUAUCUCUACAGUGUGUGUAUGCGUGUGUUUUAUGGCGCGAUGUGUGUAUGUUUGUGCGGUGUGCGUGUACGAUGGAAGGAGAGAGAUUAAAGAGAAAAAAAGAAUUGGAAAAAUUAUGGUAAAAGGAUGUGGAGAGCGCGUCGGUAAUAUCCCAUCGAAUGUUAACGAUAACAAUAAUUACAAGGCAUGUCUCAUGUUCUCGCGGUGGCAAGGGUCACCAUAGGGCUACACGGUGGUAUUCGUUAACGUAAGUCCGUAUUACGUUAGAAUUACAAUCUGAAUAUGUACAACCCAUUAAGAAGCAUACGAUUACGGGACGGAGAAUGCGUGUUAACGGUGGAGAGAGGGGAUGGGUUAUGGGGAUGAUAACAGAGGGGAUGUGGAAACACAAAAAACCCAAUUCGAAAUGCGAACGAAUAUUUUGGUGAGACGAGUAAGGAGAAGGAAGAAAGAAAAAAAAAAGAUUAAUGACAACUGACAAUAUUAAAUAUUGAUUGAAAAUAAUGAUAUGCGGUUUUAAACGAGUGUGCGGUAUCAGAGUAUUGCAUAUAGAUGAACGAAUGCUUAAUUUUUUUUUUUUAAAUGACUGGUGUGCGUGUUUCUUUUGUAAAACGUGAACGGAUCGCGUCGUGGCGACUUUUUUUUUUUUUUUUUUAAUUAACAUAGAACGUAAUAUCGCGUCUUACGAUACGAGAAUGACAGUAUGUAUGUAUUAUAAUAUCGAGAAAUAUCGUUUAAGCCAUCGGCGAGUAACGCGAGGUUAUAAUGUAACACAACGAGGGACAGACCGACGUGUUCGUCAUUUAAUUCAAAAAGGCUACGCCCGAUGAUCUAGAAAUUAUUGACAGCUCGUAGAUCGUCGUUUGGCGUCCCGACGACUGACGACGCGUCGCCACGUUAUUUUGCCUUUUUUUUUUGUAAUUACACAGACAAUUGACACCGAACGUGUUUCAGAUCCUCUUUUUUUAUAUAUACACAUAUAUAUAUAUAUAUGUAUAUGUAUAUAUAUAAACUUGACACAGAGCGCGAGCGCAUAAGCAAGGAAGCAUUGGAUCUCAGUAUACAUAUAUAUUAGUGCGCGAGAUAUCAUUCGAGUUUUUCACUUUAUCAGCCUUACUUUAUCCCUUGUGCAAAAUUUAUGUGAUGUCGGAAGAUUCGGCUUGGUAACGAUUUCUUCGUCAAGGUUACCAUUAUUGGCUUACAGAUGAUCGAUCAUCAGCGACAUAAACUAUUGAACAAAAAACAAUUACAACUCUGAUUUCUUCUGUCAUCGAGAGCAGUAUACAUAUAUAUAUAUAUAUAUAUAUAUAUAUAUAUAUAUUUAUACAUAUAUAUAUGUUGGUACGUGACGUAUAAAUAAGUACCAUGUAAAGAAAAAGAAGAAUGGCACGCGUUAUCCGCGCGAUGGCUUAAAUUAUCGUUUAAGUAUUCGCAGAUAUAGCCACUCCACAAGUUCAAUUUUAUUUCUUUAUUUUUUUCUCUCUCUCUCUCUCUCUCACUCUCUUUACCACUAUCUAUCUGUCUCUCUUAUUUUCUCUUUAUAUCAUUCUCUUCCUCUGUCUCUCACUGUCGCUUCGUUAAAAUACACUAAGUUCUUGCAAACAAUAUUACAUGGUUAUGAUUUAUCUUCUUGGAGAUGCAAAGACAAGUCUUCUCGUGGAUAAACGGAUAGAGAAUGGAGGAACGUGCGAGGAGAAAAAUUUUAAUUUUUUAUGCUACUUCCCUUUCGUCUUUUUUUUCAUACUGGAUAUUAUUAUUAUUAUUAUUAUUAUUACUACUACUACUACUACCACUACUACUACUACUAUUAUUAUUAUUAUUAUUAUUAUUAUUAUGUCUUCUCUCAAAUACAAUAGUAAUAUACUGUCUUAUACUCUAAUGUAUAUCUAGCUACAGCAUUGAGAAAUGUUAACACAUAAGUACCUGGCACACUGGUCUAUGCUCUCUUUGAACCAGCUCACUAGGAAAUUUAUGCCUUAGCAUGCGUGGCACAGUGUGCUACAACACAAUACACGAAGGUUAAUUGUAGAGUCUGUGAGCGCGAGCGUUUGAUGGGUCGCGAGGAGAAAGGUAACGAGCGCGGCGAACGAAAGUAACGGGAAGAAGCUGGUGUGGGAGCGAGGGAAUAUAAAAAGAGAAUAAAAGAAAAAGAAAUGAAAAUGAGGAGAGGGUUAGAGGAAGAGAAAUGAUAAUGAUGCGUUUGCCACUAGUUUUUUUUUUUUUUUAUAUAUCUAAAAGUGCGCCGUGAUCUCACUGUACUUCGAAAAUGUGUUCUUUUAUUUAAAAAGAAAACUGUCUUUUUUUCUUCUUUUGAUUUUCUUCAUCUUUACGUCCCUCGAGCGCGUAUGCUUUACGCCUUCGUACGUUGCCGUAUCGUCAUAGCCAUUGUAUUAGGAUCCGUCUCUGGCACACCUUCUUCACAAUGUUAUUCCUCGAUAUGAAAUUCACGACUUACGCCGGUCUCUUGGAGAAAAGUACGAGGCACAGAUUUCUAGAGCACUUUAAGUCCGGACAGUCCGAGCCAUGGGUUAAUAAUGCCUGCUUCGCGAUUGGUCUUGUGGAUGAUGCCAUGGUGGUUAGAAGGCUGGAUGGGAUUUUUUUUGAGACUGCGUUAAAGACGGGAGAGUCUCUCGGAGUCGUCUUCGGGAACUUGAGAGGGUUAUCUUCGGUAUGGGAGAGCCACGUGGUCGCGGCGUGGAUGAGAAUUUGAAAAUUUUCAAGAGAAUCGAGGAUACUAGCAUCCGGUUGACGUACCAAAGUCGAGUACGAAGUUUACUCGUGGAUCUAAAAAAAAGUGAUCCAGAUUGAUCGUUUGUCGGAUGAAUUUUUGUCAAUAGAAUUUUCGUGGUGCUGUCGAGGUAGUUUUUCGUUUCUUUUUGUCCGAGGCUCCAUUUCUCUUAACCUUCGUGUAAUUCGCAUAAUGUGUUAUCAUAAUUAUUGUUGGCUUUUGUUGUCAAUUUCGUAAAGACGGAGUAACGUGCGUAAAGACUGCUAAAUGAUUACCUGUUAUUUGGAUAAAUCCAAAAUUGAACGACGAACAAAAAGUAAAGUGGGAGGAUACGAAUUCGUGUGAAUUAGGCGGAAAUUCUUAAUUGUCUUAUCGAGACGGUCGUAGGUUAAUGACACUUGUACGCGACUCAAUAGCGAACGAUCCCCUUAUGAAGAGUUAAUAAAUAAAUGAUUAAACGAAGGAUUAAAUGAAAAAAUGCGAUGGAAAUGAUAACUGAUGAUGAUCAACCCGUUCGGUACAUUCUCAACAUAUCUAAAUCAAUCUGAGCAGGUUUCAGAAUGGCAGAAUGAAUUGUGUCAAUUAAUACAUUCAUUUAACCCUAGGACUGUCCAGAUGUAUUGUUGCAGGAACAUGCACCUUAACGAUAAUUAUUAUUGAACAUAUAUUGUAAUUUGUAAGAUGCUCAGAACGAGUCAAGUUUCCAGUACAUAGAACAUGUAUGUUGUAUAAAAAUAUCUUGGAAAGAGAAAACAAAAAUUUUAUAUACCUGCUGAAAAUUAAAUGCAACUUUUAUUCACUGUUUUAUAAUAAAUAUAUGAAACAUUA